CAGGGGCAGCGCAGCGGGAACCGCGGAGCGCAGAGGCGCGCGGUGCCCAGGCCACCCAGCAGGCGACUGCCCUCGGAGCCUUGCAGAGAGGCAGAGCAUCCUUGGAUUCUUCCCUUCCACACACACCUCAACUUGUGUUGCCAUGGAGACCACCAACAGGACCGAGCUCUGGUACGAGAGCCUACACUCUGUGCUGAGGGCUCUGAAUGCCACACUCCACAGCCACGUGCUCUGCCGGCCGGACCCAGGGCCGGACAACCACACUGAGCUGCGGCGGGCCAGGCUGCCUGGCCGCGAUGACAACUCCUACAUGUACAUUCUUUUUGUCAUGUUCCUGUUUGCCGUCACCGUGGGCAGCCUCAUCCUAGGAUACACCCGCUCCCACAAAGUGGACAAGCGCAGCGACCCCUACCAUGUGUAUAUCAAGAACCGAGUGUCUGUCAUCUGAUAGGAGGGAGCCGAGGCUAGAGGGAGAGCAAGACACCCACUAAUGCAUCUUCUAGGGCAUCCUGGACUCAGCAAUGGACCACGUCGGGUUUCAAUGCCCCUCUCUGUGAGAUCAGCACAGGAUGUUGUCAUGGGGGUGGGAGGAACUGGCAGGUAUGGGCCUGGGAGGGAAGAUUUCUCCCACCCUCAACUCAGGCAAAGAUGGACUUUAUAAACAGUGGGAGCCCAUGGUCAGACGGAAGGACUGAAAGAUCAUGACCAACAACUGGUCCAAUGGCUAGAGUCAUGGAGGAGGGAGGUUGGAGGUUGUGGUAGAGGAAGCAGGAAGAUACACUGGGGACACACUCUAUGUGUUUGAGUGUUUUAUGUGUAUGAUCUGCAACCACUAUGAGGAGCAAGGGUGAUUAUUCCUUAUCACAGACCAGAAAGCAGAACCAGGUUA